CUAAGUUACUCUGGGCCACGGAGGCUGCCCUGCUUACCUGUGACUCCACAUCCUGUUGCAGUGACCUGAGGUUGCAUCCUGGGAAACCCAGCCUCAGAAGAGAAACAGAUCCUGCUCUCUCUGCACUGGUGGCUAAAGCAGCACAGCCCCAUCUCUCAGUGUGGAGCUGCCCAGGCAGAGGGCUCUGCAGCCUGAGGGGAGACACCCAGAGGAAGAGGAUGGGGAACUCUCUUCUAAGGGAGAACAGGUGCUGGGACUGCCACAUGGCUGAAGGGUGUGUCUGCCUCCCGUGGAAAAAAUUACACAUAUUUAAAGCAAGGCAAAAUUCCCUAAAGGAAAAUGAAGAAAUAUCGUCUCCUCCCACCCAGGGCCACGAUGACCAGAGUUCCACAGAGGAUCUGUGCUACACUGUCAUCCACCACAGUAUCCCCAGGAGAAGGCCAUCCGGGAAUUCUGCUGAGGAGUUCUAUGAGAAUGUUUCCCGCAAGCCUGAGAAGCCCAGAAAGUUGUCGGGAGAAACAGAGACAGAGUAUUCUCUUGUCCGGGUGACUUGCUCCCCCGAGCACACACCUUCUGCAGAAGAGGAAUAUGAACUUCUCAUGCCUGAUAAAAUCUCUCACUCCCUGCAGCAGCCACGUGUGCGCUUGCCUUCUUCUGAGACUCAGUUUUCCCAUUUAUAAUGAAGCGGUUGGAAUAACCCUUGUUUAACACCAACAAAUAAAAGCUGGGGGCAGGGGACUUCGGUGGAAGCAGGUGUGGAGCACCCAACCCUUCCAGCUGCCCCCCUCACACACACUAUAGCUCUUCCUGAGGCAUCUCUGCAGGACGUGGUUGACAAACCACAGAGACUCUUAGAUCCUGCUCAAUAUCCAACAGCCAAGGAUCAACCAAAUAUUUUACACACCAGUCUUUGAGAAAGGAGUGACCAUCUUUGGUUGCAAGUUGUUUUGGAAAUGGGCUGUUCUGCUCGGUAGUGGGAAGGGCCCCCUGGUCUUCUAUGGCUGUGUGCGCCACAAGAGUUCUCCUUUGUCUAGACUCUUCUCAUAAAAUGUCUGUGUCAUUGUUCUCUGAGGACACAGGGAAAAUUCACCCAUCAUACUGAGUGUAGCCCAGGCUGUCCAUUCCUUGUGUUCUGACUCAAGCCUUCGCUCAUAGCCUUCCAGGGGGCCUCCUGCAGUGUCCUCCUGUUCCGCUCCUCUCAGCAGAGUCCUUUGCAGUGUUCUUGACUCAUUGACCCUCAUGGUGUGUUUGGGUUGAAAUCAGAAAUUCCAGGUCAGGUUUUACAUAAUUUUCUACAUGAUUUAAACCCAUUUAAACAAACAAACAAACAAAAAAAACCUUUAGGGGCCUCUCUGGUGGUGCAAGGGAUUAAGUCUCAGCACUAUGAAGCUAUCCACAGCCACUGCAGCACAAAUUCAAUCCCCAGCCAGGGUGGUGACCCACAUGGUGCAGCAGACCUCUCCUGCCUUACCCGGGCUCCCCUCAGCAGUGUAUUUCAGUAGACCUGCCUGUUCUGCUCCCCACUCUUUCUGGCGAAUCCUCUCAGUCCCCACACCUCUGGUCUACACCCCAGUUCUUGUAUGCAUAAAUAAAUAAAUAAAUCUUUAAAAAAAAACUUUAUAUUUCUCCCCUGAAAUUUUAAUAAGAAAAUCAUCCAGAGCCUGAUGUCCUGGCUUCCAAUUCAGUGUGCUCCCAAGAUUCUACAUAAAAGAACCUGUGUCAUAUGAUAAACGUAUUUGUGUCAUGAAUAAAAUUUCCACAUGGAAAAAUAACCCCCUACACACUCCUCUAAUGAAUGCUUCUCUGUAUACCAUGACUACUUAUUUUCUCAUUUUUUCUUCAGUGCUCAUAGAAAAUAUGUCUCAACCCUAAAUCAGGGGUCAGCAAUCCGUGACCUUCUGGCCAAAUCUAACCUCCUGUUUUAAUAAAUAAAACGUUAU